CUCACUACUAUUGCCAUGUGCUAUAUCGUGAUAAUUGGCGAGUAUAUAGCGUGAGAUGUCCGGUUGCGCCAGUAUGCGGAUGAGAUGUGCUAUCAAACUGUACCCCUGGGGACUGGUGCUAUUUGCACUGGUGUUUACUCAGUUUGGCUUCUCGAGUUAUGCGAUCAUACUGAAAGCUUUCGCACAGGGUGAGAAAACAGAUCCAUUGGUGUUCUCUGCAUUGCGUGACAUGCUGGCCUUGCCUCUGUUGAUGGUGGCUGCCAUACUCAAGGAGGGGCGUCACUCCCCCAAAAACCGAUACCAGUGGCUACUGUUUGGGCUGCUGGGCUUGUUCGGCAUGCUGGGAAAUCAAUUGGGCUUCAUCCUGGGGUUGUACUACACCACCCCAUCCAUUGCCGCCAUCAUGCAACCGCUCAUACCUGUGGUAACGUACCUGAUGAGCAUCGCGUGUGGCAUGGAGGCCAUGCCGGUCCUAAGAGAGACUGUUGGCCAGGCCCGUGUACUGGGUACCAUCGCAUCCGUGUGUGGUGCCAUCGUAAUCGUGCUUGCGCACCGGGCACCUUCGGCAGAGACUGUGCAGACGCAGACCUCCUUUAUGCUAUUUGGCCUAUGCUGUCUACUAACCAACAUAGCCUGCAUGGCGACGUAUAUCAUACUGCAACGCCUGCUGGUUUCUAAAGGAGCCCAGGACUCCGCCCCCGAGUCACACAGCCCCAACCUGGAUGCGAGCGGGUUGCGUGCGUCAGAGGUACUAUACAGUGGCUUAGACCCCAUUCACCCCCAUAUACCGGCAGCUACAAUGCAGGCAGACGGUGUCAGAGACACGCACAUGGACCUGAUCAGCGACAGCGUCGAUGUAGCGCGGGUGCACGUGCGUCCUCGCGCGCUUAAUCAAUGGGCCAAUCAGAUGCGACUUACUUGCACAGAGUACAGUGAAUACCCGGUGACGGUGGUGGCCUGGAGCUAUCUCUUCGGAGGGCUGUUCAUGACACUGUGCUGUGGCAUGUACAUUCCUCUGGGCCUGACCGACCGAUUCCACUUGGCCGACAACAUCUGGAUCCCGCUGCUGUACGCAGUUUUUAUUGCAUCGACACUGUGCUACGCGCUGAUUUCGUGGACACAUCAGUAUCUGCAGCCGUCGCUUGUGACCGCGGCAUGGCCUCUACAGAUACCAUUUGUGGUCAUCAUGUCCUACAUCUUCUUUGGGGAUGAGCUUAUGGCGUUGGAUUGGGUGGGGGCAGGACUCAUUGUGUCUGGUUUGAUAGCAGUCACCUGGUCAGACUACACAUCACACACCGAGAGUAAACCGAAACUUCGAACGCGGAGUGCUGACAAGAUAUACGAAGAAGUACCUGAUAGGUGAGAAAUAAAUUAUGUAGAUCUGCAUGCAGUCAUGUUGAACAAUAUACCGAGCUGUUUAAAUCGAUAUGUUUCUCUUAUAAUAGUCACAUUUCGGUCUAUAAAUUUCCAAGAACAUUCAUAUAUUCAUGAACUGUUCUGUGCCCUAUACGCAAUACAAAUCAUGUUUGUGUUG